GCUAAAAGUAGACAAUUCAGUGGCUCUACUCUCAGUAUGAGCCGAAAACACGCUUUUGUACACAGAAGCUUCUGACAGGGAGGAUACUUUCUGUUCAUUUAGGUAAACUACAAUGCGUUCGGAGCCAAACACCACACUCAACUAGAAUCCCCUGCUACUGGCCCUCCAAGCUUGACGACUCCACACGACUCAGCAGCCAGACCCAUUAGAGUGCAGCUAUGGGGAAUGUGAUGUGGGGACAGGGAGCUGGGAACAAAACAAAUUCAAACUGCCAUGACAGUGCAUUAAAGGCAGGAGAAGACGAGACGCUUGUCGUUCUCCAUGACUAUCCUUCUCCAGACAUCAGUGAGCCGAUCUUUAGGAUGGGAGAGAAGCUGAGGGUCUUGUCUCAGGAAGGCAACUGGUGGAGAGUUCGGUCUGUCCAAUCAGGAAGUGAAAACUACAUCCCUAACAACUAUAUUGCCAAAGUCUACCAUGGAUGGCUGUUUGAGGGAGUAGUGAGGCAGAAGGCAGAGGAACUACUUAGUCUCCCUGAAAACAGAGUGGGUUCCUUCAUGAUUAGAGAGAGCACCCAGCAGAGAGGUGUCUACUCGAUGUCUGUAAAGCACAGAUCCAUCCAGCACUAUAAAAUCUUUCGCCUGGAGAACAGCUGGUACUAUAUCUCUCCUCGUCUGACUUUCCAGUGCUUGGAAGAGAUGGUAAACCACUACUCUGACUCUGCAGAUGGUCUGUGUUGUGUUCUCACUGGCCCGUGUCUGUCUGGGACUAUCAGCCCCAUAGACAUCACCUCUCAGCCACCCCCUGUAAGGAUGCGACACAACAACUUUGACUGGAAGAAAAUAGACAGGAAAGAUCUGAUCAGUGCAGGUGCUGCGCAGGGCCAGGAGAACAGGAAUGCCAUGGUGAGCUACGGUGUCAGAAACAGCAUGGCCUCUUACCUCUCUCUGGUCGGGGAUCAUGACCCAGGACAGCAGAAGAAGAACCGCAAGAAGAAGAGCAAAUCUGUCUGUGUGACAGACCACAGCAUCAGCCAUAUGGACUUGGAUGAGGACUAUGAUAUGUAGUGGCCUGGAUGGUGCAACACUUAGUUCUGCGAACCCCAGUACACAUAUAUAGCCUAUGGGCUAGUGGUUCCCUUUCAGUCAGUCAACUUCGGUACAACAUAUUACCGGGGAGUUGCGCGCUCGCUUCUUCGGCUGAAGGAUGUACAAUCACGCCUGACAAGGCCAAUGAAAUCCACACCUCACUGGAAGUCCCACCUUCCACAGGUGAUAAACGUGAGGCUCAGAUUCAUUCCUUCAAUUUAAUACCACUCUUCACCGUGCCCAGGAACAGGCGGUGCUGGGCCAAACAGGUGUUGUACCUCAUUUCCCUCCUUCAGGGAACAGUAGUUAUGGUCAUAAUGUUACAUUUUCCUUCAGUCAGUCAACAUACUAUGGGGAAAUAUUAUCACAUCCAUGAGAUGCUGUAUGAGUAUAAGUGGCAAGUGUUUGAGCUCUGGUGCCAAGAUAAAGGGCUGGUUCAUUUUCAGUGCUCUGGGAAAUACUUGUUUCUACAGGAGCUUUAAAAGCAUUCUCCACUUUAAAAUUAUAUAUGGCCGCUAUCUCAGCACGUGGGAAUUGACUGAGCCUCACCAGGGGCUCACCCACUGGUGUUGCAGUUACUGAAAGGUGUACUCCCUUCCUGUACUCAGUUCGCCCCGGGCGACUCUAAGAUGACCUUGUGUCCAAAUGUGGCCUUUGCCCUAAAAGUAAUGGCCAUGCCCUACAAGUCCUUAGCUUUUGAGGUGUUUCCCUUUUUGCCUCCUCCAUUUGCUUCUGAAGAGCAACAGAGGUUACAUGCCCUGUGUCUGGUGCAAGCUCUACGCACAUACAUUGAACAACCUGGGUUUUCCGGUUGUGUGACCAGAUUUUUGUCUGUUUUGCUAAUCCAGCUCAGUUUCAGGGCACUUUGAGCAGUGUCUCUCCCACUGGAUUGUGGAGGCUAUCUCCUGCCAUAAAACAGCAAGGGACAAGGGUUACCUAGUGGAGUAUGCACCCACUCCACCAGGGGGCUGGCAGCAUUUUGGCCGUUGUGUAAAGGGUUGACUAUAGGAGAUAUUUGUGCUGCGGCGAGUUGGGCAUCACCACACACUUUUGUAAGGUUUUAUCACUUGGAUGUCACUUCUCCCAGUGUAGCCCACAGGGUGCUUACAUCUGGGACAGGGGAAAGUCACUAAGCGGGUCUUCCAGCGAGGUGCGGAUUUCAUUGGCUUUGUCAGGUGCAAUUGUCUAUACGUCAACAAAUGUCGAGAGAGUGAGACUCCCCCUUGUAUGUUGUACCUUGUUUCCCUCCUUCAGGGAAUAGUAGUUAUAGUCAUAACGUUACACUCUCAAACUUCUCCUCAGGGACCCCCAGACUUUCCAUGUAUUUGAUCUAUUCUAGAUGUCAUGACUGUCCUGAU